GUGUUUCUCAUUCGCUAGUUGCGAUGUGUCGCGAACGGAUGCUUUAGUUAGAAAGCCUCGCUAUCAUUUCCAUAUUCUGUGGAAGUCGCGCCUUGUUUUGAUCAAAACACAUUGUUGGAAACCUGUUGUUAGUGCGGUGGAUGGGGUUUAACGACUAUCGGCUCUAUUAGUCGAUCACGUCAUUAUAGUGUUUGGAAGACAGUCGGGAGAAGAAUCGGUUCUAUUGAAUAUUGUCAUAAUUUUGUGCUUCACGGGAAGGAAAAACCCUAUGUGCUUCGUCGAAUGGUGUCGUGCUUUAUCGUUAUCGUCACUUAUCAGCAUCUUACAUAUCCUGUGUGAUGGUAGUGGGUCGGUUAGCUCGUUGGCAGUAUCUAAGGCGGAUCCUGCAUAUAGGAAACAUGUGACAAGUGCAAUACUCGCAGUGAUUAUAUGAAUGUAUGCGAAUUGGUUGUUUGUUUAGUAAAUUAAAGCAGACUAAAUAGUUGGCGGAGCAGCAAUUGAGGCUUCGCGCUUUUGAAUGUACUGAUUGUUGAUUAGUGUCGGAACGGGUUGGCGUUUGAAGUGUGUGCCAUGAAUAAUUAAUGUAUUCAGCUUCAUAUGUCGUCUGAAUUUCUUGUGUGUAGAUUUGUGUGCCACCAAUAUUUAUGCAAAACAGACCGCUUAGAUGCGAAAAUCGUCAUAGCUGAUAUUAGCGAAUAUUUGCAUUCGAAAGCUGAGACAGCUUGCUCGGUUCAAGUGACUCAAUCAUCGGUCUUCGUGUCUUGGGACGUGGUCAUCAUCGCUUGAAAAUGAUUUACGCCUUGGAUUGUGCUUCUGUGUCCUGUUGGUGUUGGUGCUUAUCUGUGGCAAACAAAUAAAGCUGACGCCAGUCACCAUCAUAUAUCGACACCUAUCUCUAUAUAGAUUUUACAGUGAGCUAAAUUUGGAUUUCGCAAGAAAGAAAGAAGAACACACCUCAAUUGAUUUCGAUUACGCGCUGAAGCAGGUUCCACGCAGUUUCAAUCGUCAAUUAAUAAAACCAGCGAGACCGGGUGUGGAAUUAAUCUUUUUCUCAAUCAACGAAGCGGCAAAGGAAACAUCAGCGUCAGUAAAUUACUCGGAGUGAAUCGGUUACAUAAAGCAAACGAGCUGUAAACGCAAUCAAGUUGCUCGCUGCUGACUCGUUCGGCUUCGCUUCACUGUCGACCUUUCGGCGCAUUUUUCGGAAGCAUCUUUGACAACCUGUGAGCGAUAUAACGUAGUGCAAAAUAACUGGAGCCUGCUUUCGACGAAAGCUGCGAAUGAUAGCGAUUAAUCGAAAGCUGAAGCAGAGGACUGGAACUGGAUUACAUCAGUGUGCUGAACGUUGCUGAAAAUCGUUUGUUCAUCUGGGAAAAUCGAGACGAACCGAAAAUCAAAAGACUGACGUCAAAAUGACGAUGGGCAAUAUGCGUCCGCUGAAGAUAACCACCGUCGGCGAUGGUAUGGUUGGCAAAACGUGCAUGCUAAUUACCUACACACAAAACGAGUUCCCCGUCGAGUACGUGCCAACGGUGUUCGAUAAUCACGCCUGCAAUAUCACAGUGGACGAGAAAGAAUAUGCCCUAACACUGUGGGACACGGCUGGCCAAGAAGACUACGAAAGACUGCGACCAUUAAGUUACCCGAAUACCGAUUGUUUUCUUAUAUGUUACUCCAUAUCGAGUAAAACAUCUUUCGAUAACGUGCUUUCAAAAUGGUACCCAGAGAUAAGGCACUAUGCACCCCAUGUACCGAUUGUGCUCGUUGGAACCAAGAGCGACCUCCGAGUACAUGGAUCGGAAAAGUUUGUCACAACCACGGAGGGUAAAAAGCUGAAGCACAAAAUCAAAGCAUACUCACUGGUGGAAUGUUCCGCCAAAAAGAAACUCAACCUCGGAGAAGUGUUCGACGAAGCCGUCCGAGCAGUGGAGAAAAAGCCCCACGCCAAGCCACGUGUCUGCACGAUACUCUAGCUCACCGUGCUAGUCUUUUUCUAGUUUUUAGACUUGUUACAAACCGUAUAUAAUUACAGUUUAUAUAUCGAUAGGGCCAAGGCCAGUGAUGUUAGGUAGAUCAUCUCCUUCCUACUUAAAUAAUUGACUCACUCUACAAAACAGUGACAUUUUGGCCUUAAUUGAAAACCAAGCGAAAAAAAAGUAUUCGACGAUUUCCUACCGUUAUAGUAUUGUGCAUAUUGAUCAAGGAAAUAUUUUCUAUAGACAUACUGUUUGAAAGAGUGAUCGGAUAUUUUGUGCUAUAUUCUUCAAAUUUAUAAGUUAGUUACAUUUUCAGUAAUUGGAUGUUUUAUUAUAUCGUCUCUAAUAAUGGGACCUAUUUCCAUAUUCAUCAACUAGUCAUACGAUUUUUGUCAACAUGUUCGAUGGAAAUGUAACUAUAUAAAAUGUUUAAAAUAUUUAUGUAUAAAA